AUGUUCGGAUACGCUGCUCUUGCUCUCUUUGGCGCUGCCGUUGCCCAGGCCCAGACCCAGGCGACUGCCCUUGACAUCGCCGCCGUACAAGCUCACUUCACCCAGGCCCAGAUCGCUGGCCAGCCGACGUACAUGCUCCCCACCUUCACCCCUCAGGGUACUUUGGGUUUAACGUUUGGCUCAUCCAGCAUCUCCAUCGGCCAGAAGGUCGACCAGUCCAACGCCAACUCCUCCCCCCAGAUCGCUGUUGUGCCCGCUUCUAACGGCUCGCGCAUCAAUGCCCAGUCGAUCUACACUGUGGCCAUGGUCGACGCCGACAUCGUAGGCACCAACGCCCAAACCACUCCCUUGACCCGCCACUGGCUCGUCAACAACGUCAUGCUCCAGGGCUCAGGCUCCUACUCGAUUAACUACACCGGCUCGGUUGGUGUGACUGACUAUGCUGGACCUGGACCUGCUGCCGGAUCAGGCUCUCACCGUUACGUCGUCCUCCUUUACGCCCAGUCCUCGUCUUUCCGCCCCCCCGCAAACCUCUCCACCGCUGGUGUCGGACUUGCCACCUGGAACUUGCAGUCUUAUGUUGACGCGUCCGGUCUCGGCCCGCUCGUCGCCGCCAACUACUUCCAGGUUGAGAACGGUCAGGCUACCGUCACUGUCCCCGUUACCUCCGCUGUUGUCACUUCUACCCUGUCUACCGUCACUAGCCCCACUGCCUCGUCCGGCUCUAUGUCCGGCUCUGCUUCAGGCACUGGCUCGGCCUCCCGCUCGGGCUCUGCGUCCGGCAGCUCCGCCUCCGCUGCGACGAGCUCCCGCGCCGCUGCGUCCGAGACGAAGUCCCGCUCGUUCGGCCUCGGCUUGAUUGUCGGCGCUGUAGGCGUUGUCGGGUGCCUUGUCGGCGCCGGUCUUGGCCUCUAA